CUAAAUACUUUUACGCGCGUUGGAUCCUCGACCGGAAGUCAGUUAUUGAACACCUGUCGCGAUGCACCUAUUUCAUCUCGUAAUCGGUACUGCCCUAUUACUUUGUAACAUCGCGAUUGUCGCAUCGGAGGGAGAAAGAGAUCUAAGGGCAAAACUGAAGCAACAUGCGGAGAAUGACGAGUGCAGACUGAAGCGCGACAACAAGCGAGACGAGCAUCCGAGCUUCAAUGCCAAGCUGGCGGAGCAGAACUGCGCGGAUGCGCUUAAAAUAUUCAACCGGUUGCACCAAAUCAACGACGAGUACCAGAAAGCGUGCAACGAGGCCAACGAGCCGGCCAAUUGCAACAAGUGCGGCUCGGAGGUGUACGGAUGUUCAUUUCAAUGCUUGGACCUGGAAACUGUGUCAUUCAAGGCGAAAAAACUCGAGUCUAUAGUCAGAGCUUUGAACUUGUGAAUCGGUU